AUGCUACCACCUCCGGGUCUUGAAGGAAUGGUGAAGCCAGGAAAUGUUCUUAGACUGAAGAAAGCCAUCUAUGGAUUGAAACAAUUACCUAGAGCAUGGUACAAUAAGCUAAGCACAACACUGAAUGGUAGAGGCUUCAGGAAGUCUGAGCUUGAUCACACCCUCUUUACCCUCAAUACUCCAUCAGGAAUCAUUGUUUUGCUUGUGUAUGUGGAUGACAUCAUCAUAACAGGCAGUGAUAAGGAAGGAAUCCGAGCCACCAAGGAGUUUCUGAAAUCAGUAUUUGAUAUAAAGGAUUUGGGAGAGAUGAAGUACUUUCUUGGGAUUGAGCUGUGCAGAUCCAAGGAAGGGUUAUUCAUCUCUCAAAGGAAGUAUGCAUUGGAUCUCUUGAAGGAUGCUGGUGCGUAUGGAGGGAGACCAUCCAAGAUGCCCAUGGAAGAUGGGUACAAGGUUCCACGUGAGGGGGAGAUUGAAAACAGCAAGCUGUUCUAUGAUCCAAAGUUGUAUAGGAAGCUUGUGGGGAAGCUGAUAUACUUGACUAUCACCAGGCCAGACAUAUGCUUUGCUGUUAACCAAGUAAGCCAGCAUAUGCAAGCUCCACGAGAGCAUCACUGGCGCAUGGUGGAGAGAGUUCUCAUGUACCUGAAUGGAACUCAAGUGCAUGGUAUAUGGAUGGGAGUCAAUAAGAGCACUGAAGUUGUGGGUUAUUGUGAUGCUGAUUGGGCUGGAGAUAGAGCAGAUAGAAGGUCUACAACAGGCUAUUGCACCUUCAUUGGUGGAAACAUGGUUACUUGGAAGAGUAAGUAUCAUGCUCUAGUGCUGAAGCUGAGUAUAGUGCUAUGCUAA